AUUAUCUCUUUAUAUAGUUGUCCUAUCAGUUGAUUAUAUCAUUUCGAUCCCAACCGCACGUGGACAGAUCCCCAGUCCGGUGUCUGACAGCCACAUUGCAGGUAAACGGAGACACCAUGGCUGCAGAACGGGGGAAGAUGCCUGCUGCAGAUGAGAAGUGCAUCCAGACACAUAUAAUGGACAUAGAGGUGGAGCUGGACGCCAAGGACAUCACUGGAACUCUCUACUCCAAGAACGUCAUCGACCUGAAGGACAUGCAACACAUCGAGUCUGGAGCCACCCGAGCUGACAGAACCAAGAGACUCCUGGAUAUCCUCAUGUUCAGAGGUACCAAUUCCUUCAGUGUCUUCUUGUAUGCACUCGACACUAUGGGAUACAAGGACCUUGUGCAGAAGCUACGAACCACCAAGGAGUCCAAUAGUCUGACUUCAUCAUUACAGAGAAGACAUGCUGAAACACAGCUUGCUAGAGAGUUCACUGAUCUGAACAAGCGUAUUGAGACUAUCAUGGGAGCCUUAGAUAGACAGGCGCGUAGGAUUGAUGAAAUGUUUGAGUCAAAGGAAAGCUAUGCAACGAAAGAAGAACUCGAGGGUUUGAGGCUGGAAUUGGCAACCAAGGAAGAAUUGCAAACCUUUCGGGAAGAAAUAUCAGCAUCAAUGGCGAAUCUGACAACAACGUUGAACAACAUCAAGGAGAUGUCUCACGUGAAGGAUGACAAUCUGGUCACGAUUCAGUCACUAAAAGAACAAGUUCGAAAAAAAGAUGAACUGCUUGAAAUGGCUCGAAGUCAAAUCGCUGACCUUCAGACAAAGGUUUCAAAUCUGGAGGAAGAAAACAGAUGCCUUAGAAAGACCAUUCAGCAACAGCAAGGGGAUAUCGCAAACUUGGAGGCGGUGGUCCAAGAGGAAAUAUUCGAGCGCAGGACAGCAGAAGCACGGUAUCGCAGAGACAUUGCGGACAUUCAGAAGAGGAGAAACGAAGACCUGCAGCAGAUGGAGAUGAAGAGAGAAGAAGACAGAAGAAGACGGGAGAGCGAAAGACGAGAAGAUCGACAGCAAAUUGAAGAGUUGAAGGAAAAUAUUGAGAAUCAACUCAAGACCAUCAGUCAGGCAAAUACCGGUCGUGCGCAGACAGCUGGAACCGCUGUCUAUGGUGUCAGGAAACCCAUCCACCGUAGAAACGCCUGGAAUUGAGACUGUAGCCAGUGCCAUUGUCUGUGUGAUACUCUCGUUCAUGAUGUCCAUACAAUGUAAGCUUCCAACUUGAGUCAGUUAAACUGUUGUGACUUCUGUGGCUUCCGAUGAGACACACGCACCCGUUAAGUCUGAUAUGAUUAUUGCACUUUUCUCAUUAUUCGUGUGUGUGUUGCACUGACAGAAAUAGUUAGUAAAGUUUACUUACUUACUUGGUGAAUUUAACUGUCUACUAAGACACUAACUUGUUAAAUUUUACUAACCAGUAAGUAACUUUUUGCUAAUUAGACUAGUAUAGGUGGCCUAUCGUAGACUAGUACAAUUUACUUAUCAGUUGGUAGAGAUUACUAUCCAAGAAUCUCCUUCUCAUAAUUUUCUAACUGCAAUAGUAUCUUUACUAGUUUUACUAGAUUUUACUAAAGGCUCGUAUGUUGAUCAUUUUGCGUUCCCUGAAUUUGCCCCCAAAACAAGUAAAUAGCAUAAACAAUACAGGAGAAUGAUUAUCAGUGGCAAUUGUAAGUUUAUUUACACAGUGCUACGAAAAUGUAAUUGACGGGUAAAUAAACUAAACUAGUAGUGUUUCACACUGGGAAACUUAACAAAACCUCCCUUCUCCCUUCUUUAUUGAGUACAUGCUCAUGCUAAGCUCUUAGUUCGUCUCUCUCUCUCUCUCUCUCUCUCUCUCUCUCGCUCUCUCUCUCUCCUCUCUCUCUCUUUCUCUCUCCCUGUGUCUGUAAUUGACGUUCCGUGUGGAUAUGGAUUUCUUGAAUCUGUAGAUUUACAUCUGUUGUAUGUACCUGCUGUGAAGAAUUAGAUUUCAUGUGUGAAUAAAGGCUUGGCUACACUCUGGA